GGGUCUUUCACCACUAUUGUGGAUGCUCUAAAGUCUUUAACGGUAGAUAUGCAACUUUUAACAAUCCAGUAAAUUGGAGAGGAAAGAGAGACAGAGAGAGAUCAUAGGAUCACUGUCUGCUUUAAUUGAAUCAGACCCACAAAAUAUCUCACAGCAACUUCAAUGGCCGAGCCAAAGCCAGAGCCAGCAGUGACUCCAGAAGAAAAAGAUGUAAAAGCACCAAAUAUCAUUGAGAGAGCUAAGGAAGAGAUUGAAGCAAUAGUUCAAACUGACAAUUCACCACACCAUCACAAGGAAACGCAUGGAAGGAGUGAUGACAUUGACGAGAACACCCCGGUAGAUGAAGUCAAAGGGCCAAAUGUUUUUGAACGAGUGAAGGAAGAGAUUGAGGCCCUUGUUGGAGCAGUUCUUCCUAAGAAGGAAUCCAGUGGUCAUGAGUCAUCUUCAAAGUAAGAGGUGGAUUGAACAUCUAUUGUAAGAAGGUUUGAGAAAUAUUGUUCUCAGUGUGAUUAGACAGGAGAAGCUAUAGUUGUAUUGUCUUUGAGUUUUUAAUCACUCUGAUUUGUAUGUUUUUGCUAUUGAAAUUUCAAAUGGAAUCCAGCAUGAUUGUAUUUUGUCUCUUUA